AUGCGUUGCAAAGAAGCGCUGUCCAACCUCUCGAGAUUUGAGGACAUUCUAAAUUGGGUUAGCACCGGGCUCAAGUUUUCUCUGGGAGCCUACACCCAAAUAAUGCAACAUUAUUCUUUUUUUCUAGUGCCUUUUCUACAUUUCCUCUUUCUUUCUUUCUUUCUUUCUUUCUUUCUUUCUUUACUUUUUCUUCACAUAAUCCAUUUUCCCUCUUUGUUCUUUCUUUUACUUUCUUGUUUCUUUCUUAAAUUGUUUUUCCAAUUUCUCGCUUUGACCCAUCUUUCUUUCUUUUCUUUCUUUCUUUCUUUCUUUUCUUUCUUUCUUUCUUUCUUUCUUUUCCUAUUUUUUCUUAUUUCUUUUCCCACGUCUGCUUUCUUAUCCCUUUUACUUUUCUUUAUAUCACAUAUUCUUUUUUACAAUGGCUUUCGAUUACUAUCCCUUUUUUCUUUCUUUUUUUUCUUCUUUCUUUCUUUCUUUCUUUCUUUCUUUCUUUCUUAUUUUCGUUCUUUUCUUUCUUUCUUUCUUUCUUUCUUUCUUUCUUUCUUUCUUUCUUUUCCUAUUUUUUCUUAUUUCUUUUCCCACGUCUGCUUUCUUUCUUUCUUCGUUAUCUUUCCUAUUUCUUAUUAUUUCUUUUUCCUCGUAUGUUUUCUUUCUUUUCUUUCUUUCUUUUCUUUCUUUCUUUCUUUCUUUCUUUCAUUCUUUCUUUCUUUCUUUCUUUAUUCUAUUUCACUUUUCUCUCCUUAUAUCUCAAAUUUAUUUUUAGAAUGUCCUUGCAUCAUUUUCCUUUCUUUUUUUGGUCUUUCUUUCAUUCUUCUCUUUCUAUUUUCUUUUUUUCUUUCUAUCUCAAUUUCUUUUCAUAUUGAAUUUCUUUUCCUCUUUCUAAAUAUCUGCUUGAUACUUUCCUCCUUCUAUGCAUCUAUCUAUUUUUAUUAUCUUUCUUGCUAA